CUCCAAAUCUUCCGUCAAUCCUCUCCCCAUCUCCAAUUCUCCAUCCAGCAGCGGCGAGAAAUCUCUCUCGAUCCACCACCAUGGCCCUCCGCGCGCUCGACAACACGCUGCCGGCCGCCGUGUCGGAGCGGCCCAAGAAGACCGCCAAGCUGUCGGCGCCCACCGUCGCCGCCGUGGCCGCCUUCCCCGGUGAGGGCGGCGGCAAGAAGCGCAACGACGAGAACGCGGCGCCCAAGGCCAAGCCCACGUCGCCGGCGGCGGUGGAGCAGGCCGUGGAGUACGUCCGCUCCGAGGACCUGCAGCCGGUGGCCGGGCCCAAGGCCCGGGCCGCCGGCCUGGUCGCGGAGAUCGACUCCAAGGACUGGGUGAAGGUCUGCGAGGCGCUCAACGACGCCCGCCGCCUCGCCAUCCACCACCCCGCGCUCCUCGCCCCGAUCCUGGAGAAGGUGGUGCUGGCGGUGGUGAAGACGAUGAAGAACCCGCGCAGCGCGGUGCUCAAGACCUCGGUGAUGGCCUGCACGGACGUGUUCAACGCCUUCGGCAACCUCAUCUCCUCGGCCUCCGCGGACGCCUUCGACAAGCUGCUGCUCCAGCUGCUGCUCAAGGCGUCGCAGGACAAGCGGUUCGUGGCGGAGGAGGCGGAGAAGGCGAUGCGCGCCAUGGCCACGUCCAUGCCGCCCCUGCCGCUGCUCAGGAAGCUCAAGGCGUACGUCCACCACGCCAACCUCAGGGUCCGGGCCAAGGCCGCCGUCGCCAUGGCGCACUGCGUUGCCAGGAUGGACAUCGAGACCAUGAAGGACUUCGGGCUGUCGGCGCUGCUGCAGGUGUCCGCGGAGCUGCUCAACGACCGGCUGCCGGAGGCGCGCGAGGCUGCCCGGAGCAUCGUGAGCUCGACGCACGCCGCCUUCUGCAAGGAGGCAGCCCUGAAGGAGAAGGAGAAGGGGCAGGAACAGCAGGAGGAGGGUGAGUCAGCCGUGGCCGCCGCCGGGAAGGAGACGGAGCAGGAGGAGGAGAAGUCGGCGGUGGACGCGGCCUGGGAGAGCCUCUGCGCGCUGAGCCUGUCGCCCAUCUCGGCGCUGGCCGUCGCCAAGAUCGUCUCGCAGUCGCAGCCGCAGAGUCUCAAGGUGGGCAUCGCAGAUGGGGCAGCGGCUGCCGUCCUCCUCCAGAAUCCCUUUACGGAGCAGUACCAGGCGGCCUCCCGGGGAGAGGAGAAGGGCCCGCCAUCCCGAAAGGUAGCGGUCGACCUUGGCGAUGAGGGGCGCAAAGUCGGCGAGCCGGAGUUUGUCGGCGGAGAGCGGCAGACCCAGGUAGGUCUGGGGGAAUCCUUCAACCCGACACUGGAGAGCGGCUUGGAUCUCCGUGAGCACAGCGCCGUCGACGUGCAUGGGAACAAGCGUGCUUUUGCGGAAGUUGAUCUUGAGCCCGGUCGCGUCACCAAACUGGUCAAGGAUGAGCUUGAGGCGGCGCGCCGCAGCACCGUCCGCGCGGAGGAUGAUGAGCGUGUCGUCCGCGUACUGGAGGACGGGGCAGGGCACGCCAUCAACCAGUGGGUGUUGCAGAGUGUCAUCACGACGCACAAGCCGUUGGAGGACGUCAGCCAUCAGCAUGAACAGAGAAACCGGGCGGAAGGAGCUCGGCGACAGCUGGCCCUGGGAUUUGGGCAGGAGCACGACGUGGGAUCGGUUGAUCCUCUCCAGGUCGAGCGCGCGGGAGUGGAAUUGUUCGAAAAGCCGAAGCACGCACGGGCCAACCAUGGACCAAGCGGCCUUGUAGAAGCUGGGCCCAAGCCCAUCAGGGCCCGGCGCGCUCGUGAAGGGCCCAACCAGGUCACCGCCGUUGACCCGAGGGCAACCGUGGUAGAGCUCGACGACGUCAAAAGCCGAGGAAGUGUCGGAGGAGCGGCCGAGCAGCUCGCCGAAGAAGGAGUGGAGGGCAGCGGCCUUGGCGUCGUGCGUUACCAAGGCGACGCCGUCGACGUCGAGGGAGCGGAUCGUGUUCCGCCGCAGUCGCUGCGAGUCCCUCUCCUUGGAAUCUUCCUCAUAUUCUUCUUCUUAUCCAUCUCUCCAUCGUCGUUUGCAGCAGUGACACGAUUUGGGAUGGCCGACGGCCAGAGCGUCGCCAAGCGGCACGGUGUGGGCGUGGCCGCCGAGGAGGACCCUGGCCGCCACCGUGCCACUUCCCCGGUCCAUGAGAUGCCAGAUGUCGAAGACGGUAAGGCGCCUCGCCGGAGCAAGCGGGUGGCUUCCCUCGACGUCUUCCGUGGCCUCGCCGUCGCUCUGAUGAUACUGGUGGACGGCGCCGGCGGCGAGUGGCCGGUCAUUGGGCACGCGCCGUGGAACGGCUGCAACCUCGCCGAUUUCGCCAUGCCCUUCUUCCUCUUCAUCGUCGGCAUGGCCAUUCCCCUCUCCCUCAAGAGAAUUCCAGACCGCGGUCGGGCUGUGAGGCGAGUAAUAUUAAGGACAGUGAAGCUACUUUUCUGGGGGAUCUUGCUUCAAGGUGGUUACUCCCAUGCUCCAGAUGACCUGGCUUAUGGAGUUGACAUGAAGCACAUAAGAUGGUGUGGUAUUCUUCAGAGGAUUGCCCUUGCAUAUUUGGUAGUUGCGGUCAUAGAAAUUGCAACAAAAGAUGCCAGGGUUCAGGAUCUGUCAAGUUCAGGCUUCUCAAUUUUCAGGCUGUACCUUUCCCAGUGGAUUGUUGCAUGUUGCAUUCUUUUGAUCUACUUGUCCCUUGUUUACGGGAUUUACGUUCCGGACUGGGAGUUCAGAGUGCGAAAUGUUGACAGCCCAAACUACGGCAAAGUUUUAACGGUGACGUGUGGUACAAGGGGAGAUACGAGCCCUCCUUGCAAUGCUGUAGGUUACAUCGACCGUAAAGUUCUCGGCAUCAAUCACUUGUACCAGAAACCUGCAUGGAGGAGGCACUGGGCUUGCACUGAUGUUUCUCCACACGAGGGACCUUUUAAAAAGGAUGCCCCAGCAUGGUGUGCCUCACCAUUUGAACCUGAAGGGUUACUAAGCUCAUUUUCAGCGGUGUUAAGUACGGUCAUCGGGGUACACUAUGGACAUGUGCUUGUUCAUAUGAAGAGUCACAUGGACCGGCUAAAGCAGUGGCUGGCCCUGGGCAUAGCUCUCCUUGUUCUUGGAAUCAUCUUGCACUUUUCACAUGCAAUUCCUCUGAACAAACAACUGUACUCAUUCAGUUACAUCUGCGUGACUGCCGGUGCUGCUGGCAUCGUGUUCUCCAUAUUGUACUUCCUUGUUGACGUCCUGAAUCUGCGCUACAUCUUCGAGCCGCUGCGGUGGAUCGGCAUGAACGCGAUGCUGGUUUACGUGAUGGCGGCCGCGGGCAUCUUCGAGGGCUUCCUCAACGGCUGGUACUACGACGGGACCAACAACACACUGGUUUACUGGGUGAGGAAGCACGUGUUCGUGGGGGUGUGGCACUCAACCAGGGUGGGCAUCCUCCUCUAUGUCCUCGUCGCACAGAUCCUGCUCUGGGCGCUCGUCGCCGGCCUCUUCCACCGUGCCGGGAUCUACUGGAAGCUUUAGCUAUCGAGGAACGUUAGCAUUCGAUAGUCUUCAAAUAUCGGCAAAGAUAAGGUUGUUGUUCCUUUGUAGUUCCAAAACCUCUAUCGUGCAAACUUUAGUCUCCGAGCGGCGCUGGAGCCCGGUAGUUUCUUAUCAUGUUGCUACCUAAGAUUGAACUUUGCUGUUGUUCAGUUAUCAA